AUGACACAGCAACUAGGGCCGCCUGGCAGGGAUGAUGUAGUUUAUGCGGCUAUUUUAAGAGAGACAUACAAAGUGUUGACUCCUUACUGGUUCUUCACUGGCGACAAUGUCUUCCUGAACGAAAAGCAAUGGAAACAACCUAUCCAAAAGAAUAUUCUUCAAAAGAUUGGAUCUAGUAGUCUGGAACCCUAUUUGUUUGCUGCCAUGGAGGUAGCUGCACGCCAUUUCGGCGGAAUGUAUGGCCAACUCUGCGACUGCCAUCGGAUUAGAUCAGAGCCACACGAGCCGACAGUAAUCGAGGAGAGUCAUGGCGCUAUUAAAUAUGCUCAUGACCUUGAAGAGACCGCCGCUGCAGCCAAUACUGAUCUCUUACGUGCUGCUAUUCAAUCCGGGGACGUCGAGGAGGUUGUCGACCAAAACUCGUUGCCCAAGACGAGCUACAAGAUAUCAAACAUCCACCUGGGCGAGAUUCUACUCUUGUCACUGCGGGUCCAAUUUCUUAAUUUAAGGAUUUACUACGACUGGGCCGUUUUGUAUGACCUACCACAAGCGGACGAAUUGUACUCUAGACUCAAGGAUCUUUCGGUUGAGUCGUGGAAGUACAUCAGCUUUCUGCGCGGUAUCGAGUUCUUUGACGCGACGAUGUUGUCCCCCGCCCUGUGGCCAUCCCUGGAACUUGCGACUGAAGCUGAGAGGCAGUAUUUGAUGGAUUUCUUUACAGAUAUUGACAAUUUCCGGCAUGCGACGCCAAAGGAUAAGAAGGAAGAAGAGGCGAGGAUCCUAUCAUAUACGGCCAUCAUCACGGGUCGCAAGAGUGCCAAGAACCACGUGAAUAGUUAA